AUGGGUGGAUGGAGACUUGAAACGGUUAGAUAUUGUAUUCUUGUAGUAUUCCCUGUUGUUUCAUUUUGGGCUUUCAACCAACCGUCAUUUUUUAAAUUUUUUAUGAAAGAUUAUAAAAUAUCAGAUACUUCAAAGGGUGAUGCUGCUAUAUCUGACUUUACACAAGCUUUAGCUGAAAAAAAGAGGAAAGCUGAAUAUGAGAAAUUUCUACGCCAAGAGAUGGAAUUUGAAAAAGAUAGAAGAAUUAGAGAAGCUAGUGGUUUAACUCCAUUUACAUUAGAAAAGAAUUAA